AUGAGACAACUCGUUCUUUCGUUGUUCUUGUGCAAUGUCAUCUUAAUCCGCGCAGAGGUGGGAACGGAAUAUUCUGGGGGUAAGUGGUGGGAAUCUACUGGCUCUGAAGAGACGUUGCAAUGGAUCCUAUAGAAGAUAUGAUAAGGCUUCUGUUUUGUCAGGGAUGGCUCUGGUCCUUGAUAACGUCUGGUCCGAAGGUUCAAAACAAAGCCGCAAAAAUGUCCUAUGCCUGAAAAAACAUUGGAAAUUCAUUCCGAACCAUACUUUUAGUCCGGUCAUAUUGCCACACCAUUUCAAGAUGUUUUGAUAUGAUUUCAAUAAGAGAAGAAAUGUAUAUACUUGUCGAAAUUGAUGCGAUCUUUGCAGAUAUCCCACUUGUGGCAGUCAAGUUUAAAAACGAUAACACUGACGCGCAUGAGGUUGAGCUGAGACUUGAAUACGCGAAUUACUUCUUCCUCGGUCCCGCUUUCAAGAACUACACAUUCGAGCACAAGCAAACAUACGAUCCCACGUAAGUGUAGUACAAGUUUAUCAUAGACGGAUUUUUUGAGAAUCUUCUCAUUUCUUCUUUCAGGGCCUACAACGGUGUCGAGGAUUCAGUCUUGAAUAUCACAGCUCCACAAAUUGUAAGAUUUAAUAUGAACACGCUACGAUCACUCAAGCCUGUAAUUAUUGCCUACUAAUUUCAGUACAAAGAGAUACAGCUGAUUGGGAAGAAUUACAAAGGUUUCCUCAAAUCGGAACUUUUCGAGGGCAAGAGCAACUAUAUUUUGCCAGUCGUAGAGAAGACUCCAGAACCCCCGCAAAUCUUGACCUUGGCUUCGGAAGGAGUUCUUGGUCUCAGCUUCACCGAAAAGAUUGACGAGAAUACAAUUCUGAAUGAUAUCUUAACCAAAAGCAAGAAAUUGCUGAUUCGACGAGGACCGUUUGAGCAGCAGCUGGUAAGGGGAUCUUUUUAUGGUCCUAAACCGUCUUAUGUAGUACUAUUAAAAUUAUUAUUUUAGCAUGACAAGAAAUUGGUAAACCCUAAAGGUACGCUUAUUGCUAACAACGAUGAACUCGAAGGCUGUGACGCUCUUAACCCAGCUGUGAAUACCGUGGCCAAAAAAGGAUGGACUGUCCAAGGAAGGUAAGUUUUGCUGAUAUUCGACAUCAAGCAGUAAAUUCGGACAUUAUUAUUUCCAUUUAUAAACCUUGGCUUUCUCAAAUAUCGCUCUAUUUCCAGCUUGAUAAUCAAUGGAAACGAUACCAAGAUUAAUGAGUUUACAUUCUCCUUUGAUGGCCAGACCUACCUUCCAAAGGCGGUCUACGAUCAGUUCUAUGCCAAGAUCCAGGAAGAGAAAGAUGUUCCCUCGUUCACUGUGAAGAUUGACAACAAGGAAUAUCCUGUGAACCCGGAUCACUUCAAACAUUAUUCCUCCACCGAUACGUACCGUGAGGAAGUUAUAGUGCUUGUAAAGUCUCACGAGAAAGAACACGCAAUCCUUGGAAGGAGUUUCUUGAGAGAUUACUGUAUUCAAAUCUCGGCAGAUCCUUUAACCCAGCCCAAGAUUGCUUUGGGAGCCCGAAAAGAGCUAGAUAGCGAUGUGAAGUUUGUUGACGAUAAGGCUAAGGUCCGUCCUGAUCCGGUGGCCACCACCCCGAAAAGUGCAGUCAUGGCCUUUAUUAAUGUGUUCUGCUUGUUAGCAGCGCUGUUGUUAACCUUGUAAUUGAGAGUAAAUGUGUUGACGAAGGUGGGUGUCGUUUUGUUUGAUGCUCUAAGCCGCUUAGUUUGCUUUUAAAGGCUUACUCUGAUUUUAAAUCGUAGUCACAAAAAAGCCGGGAUUGCAAGGCGCGGCCGGUACUUUUCAUUACUUUCCAACUUGGUCGUUGUGACCAACAACUUGCGGUUUUAUCGAUUACUCUGAAAAAUACAUUGAAAACAAACAAAUUUCACAAAAACUUUGUUUGUGGCAUGAGUAAACACCCUGAAAUUGAGUUCUAGUUAAUUCUAGAUGAGUCAUCUUGUUAGCAUUGUUAUCAAGAGUUUCCAAUGAAAAAAACAAAUACAAAAGACGUCUUAUCACACUACUUAACGUGCCCUUCCCAUUCUUCCUUAAUCAGUGAUUAAACUAUUCCUAGGUGUGAGCUUUGUAUUCUUAAAAGACUAGGAAUUCUCGGUCCUUCUCUCACACGAUCAGGUACCGCUUCUUCUCUACAAGUGGUCCGGAACAACUUCCUUAGACCUUUUCUAAAACUCAACAAAUCCCAAUAACAAAUAACACACGAGUUAUCCGCCUCAAAUCCGAAUACAAUACCAGUAAAUAAAUACGAAUCGGAUCUUCUAUCACCGGCGAUUAUUCUAGCUCGAGCGGUCCUCGACACUUCUCGGCUGCUUCCUACAUGCCCAUUAUCCAACCGAUUGUCCAAAUUGUCCCCAUUAUUCACAUUUCAACGGCUUGCGACGGUAUGCCAAUGCUGUCAAUCUGAUCGCUUCGAGACUCGGCGGUGGUCCAAACGUCUCCUGAGCGGCCACGGUUCUACUAAAGACGCCAGAAAAGAUUGCAAACAGUUGAAUUUAAUUUUGAAAAAAAAUAAAUAAAUGUUUCAACCCAGCUUUGCAAGGCGUUGGAUCCUUUGUAGACGGGAAAAGAAUACGAAAAUUUCGAGAUCUGGGGAAGAUAACGGAAUUAUCCUACUAGGCGCGACAUAAAGACCGUAGAAUUUUGCACAGUGCAUUCAACCCUUUUUUUCGCACGCACCGCGACGAUUCCCCGUUUUUGCACUAGCGACAUGCACUUUUCGGCGAUUGCACCCGCGACGUCGGCGAAAAAAAUUCUACGGACUUUAUGGCGCGACUAGUAUUUGCCCUUGUAAUUCCUAGCCUAAGCUCCGGCCACCUCGAUCUGGCAAGAUUGAGGAUAGGAUGAAAAGAGAACCUAAGGAGGAACGCCGGGCGGUUUCGCCUGUCUCUCUGACUGCGCAAACAAACCGUUGUACGUGCCUUGUUACUAAUAAUAUUUAGUUAAUAAAUCUAAGUAACUAGCCUAAGCCAACAGUCAACAUAACUCUUCUGGCAUCACAAUAUCGGAAGCCAAAUCGAUGACCCAAAAGAUAUCCCAAGAAGCGACUGCAAAUCGAUCCCAUAUUGCAAUGAACACCCAAAUCAACAGAGAUCAAACAGAUGACGUCAUCAUUUUACGCAAAAUUAAGAGGAAUUAGUUCCAAUACUACAAAUUCAGACCACCAAGUUCUGAUAAUUUAAUCGCCGACUUCGCUCGAAUCUCGCGAGAAAAGUGUAUGUCGCUACUGCAAACGAGACAUCUCUUCAUCACAAUUGUAAGCGUGUAACCAUCUCCAUCUCUCUUUUUGUUACAUAAAUCAACGGGUUUUUAAAAAUUUCAAAAAAAAAUUCUCCGAAUCAAGGUCGCUGUUAAUUAACGGGCGUUUUGAACCGUUUCCGGCAAUGAUAAGUGACCGACUUGGAGAAGGCGUUGAAAGAUGGCAUUGUGACGUCACAGCCAUCCCAUUCACGGCUCUUCUCCAAACAAUCGCCUCCAAAAAAAAUAUUCGGAGUUUUGUGAUCGGAAAGGUAAACCGCAUCUUUUAGGGGGUUUGGUAUGCUUGCUGGCUUUACCUCCAAAAGGGCAAGGAUUUUCUGUCUUUGAUUACUAUGUCUUUAUUUAAUUCUGAGACUGGUCAUGGGGGACUUUCUUCUGAAUUUCAUGAAAUUUUGAAGAAUUUAUUAUCGGAUCAUCUAUAAAUUUUUCACAGAUACUAUAGGUACUACUUCAUAUACUGAAAAUUUCAGCUGUACAUACUCAGGAAACAUAGCUGAGAUUUUCAAACAUGAUUUUUGUUGAAAAGACUAUGACAAAUAGAGAGCGGCGGGCAGAGAAAAGACACCAUUGCCGAGCUCACAUUGUGCGAAAAAAUAAACUUUUUCCUAUUGCUUGAUCCCACCAGGUAAAUGACGUCCUAAAAAUGUCAACUCAGAGUAAUGUGACAUGAUUCCAUUCCCUCCAUUUUCAGCCCCAUAACUUUGUUUUUUGUUAUGUUUUCAACUUUAAAAUGAUUCGAAACUCUUUCCGAAUCAAGUUCUUUCCCAUUUUUGGGCCGCGCAUUUUAAUUUCAAAUACGUUUUUUUGGAAUGAUCCGAUUAAAAAUUGUAAUAAAAAACGUCUGAAAGUCGACGCGAUUGAGGUCAUAUUUAUAGGCGCCAAGUUUUUCUUUCCCAAAAAAAAAUUUUUUGUACAAUUUUAUGACUUUUUAUUGGUGAAACAUGCCUUGUAGGGCGAUGGAAACAUAUUAAUCGCCGGAGGGAAUGAUUACUUUGUUGAAAGUGAAAAGUAAUUGGAAUGGGGAAUAUUCGGUUGCCUUCCAGAAAGUCCUGAAAAACCGGUCUUUGCGGAAAUCGGCUUUAUGUCACAAUCCCCCCUUCUGUCGCGUUUUUUAUUCCAAAAGAUGAGAUUUUUGACAUCCCGACAAAUUGAAAAUCUCAAACAAAGAAGGGGCCCUUAUAAGGGACCUUGGGGAGAGUGAAAUAUUUCGAUUAAUUGGCGGAAAUGACCGGAAAGACGGGCAUCAAAUGACAUCGCUCGGAAUGGGCGGGUAAUCCGCCGUCAUCGAGCUCUAAGACUCGCCGCCGGAGGAGCAUGGUCGUUUGUUUGUUGGGAAUCUGGAUUUUAUGUAACAAUGGGUAACUACCCAUAAGGGAAGUGCAAUUUUUCCCCUCGAAGUCACCAAAUUCAUAUGAUUAUUUUUUAAUAUCAACUCUACUUUUUGCACAUCUUUCCAAGAGUGUCCUAAAUUUUGUACGUGUGGUUUUAAAGCUUCCUACAAAUACUUGUGUCUUGUGUUUUACAGUCGAGCUUUGUCCUGCAGUGUCCGGCAACCCAAAAAUCUGAACUUUUAAGUAAUUCCCGCCCAAGAAACUGUGACUGUAGUUGCUCUACUGUGCUUUGUGCCUCCAAAACUCUCGAUUUCCCGCUGAUUUUACGCAAAAAUUGAAAAGAAUAUGAACUUUUCCGACUUUUGGUUGUUGCGCAAUCAAAAGGAAGUAGAUAGAAAAAUUGUAAACAGUUUUUGCCAUGGUACAGCCCGUUGGUAUAUAAUAGAACAAUUUUUCUUUUAUUAGUAACUAUUUUUUCGAAUUUGGUGCCAUGGAUAAUAUAAUUUUCAACUUUUAUGAUCUUAAAAUUUGACUUGAACUCUUUUCAGAUCUCCCAAACACCAGAUCAAGAGCUACCAUAACCGAUAGUGCUUCGUUUCUCCCAAAGAUCAUGGUGCAAUCCAUGGAAAAUGGGUUCGGAGUGACGACAAUCUCGGUCACCUCCUCGGAAGAGUCCACUCCCACCACUUCGGACGCUGAUCUGACCUCGGAAAAGAAUGUAAAACUCUCCGGGACUUGUGUGAAUCAGAUGUCCGACAAGAUGUUCAGGAAAAUUGGCCAUCUUGUGGCUGAUUAUCCAGUCACAACUCUAAUUGUAAGCAUUUUUUGUAGAAAUCUUCACGGAAAAUGCUUACCAAUUUUAAUUGAAGUUGGGCGCAAACUUAGAAAAAUCUGAGAGAAUUUUAUAUCGCUUUUUGCAAAACAAUUUAGGUCAAACUUUUAAAAGUUCAAAAAAAGUUUGUGUAACCUUCAAUUGCCAUGUUUGGCGGUAAAAGAUUAAAAAUGAUACUAUAGAACCUAUCAGAGCCAAGUUUGAUUAAAUCAGAAAGCAUUCCCAUUACUAAUUGCAGUAAACAUUUUUGAUGACUAAAUAAUGAACCCUAUUUCAGAUAAUCUCCAUUUUCACCUUGAUUACCUCAGUGAAAGUAGCUUUAACCGACCAAGAAGAUGACCUCAAGACCGGCUACACGCCCAUCGGAGCUCGGAGUUACGAUGAAUUCGCAGCUUACGAGAAAUUCUACGAUAAUAUUGGCGGAGAACCCUUGAAUACUAUAAUAUUCGUGACGCCCAAGUAUCCAAAUGGGAGUAUGAUUGGAGCUUCGGAAUUAAACGAGACCAUGGAACUGGUCGAUUACAUUGGGGCCCAUUUCAAACUGACUGGCCGACCUUUCUACAAGUUUUGCACCGAUUUUUGCGAAAUGAAUGAGCCAAUUAGGCAGUUCAGAGUAUGUUUAAAAAAUUUACGAAUAUCGAUGACACUUGACUUGAAUUUAGAAUUACAAUUUUCUGAUUGGGAGAUGUGAAAAUUUCGGCUUGCGGUUUGCAGAAACCGCCGAGAUCUUAGGUUCGAAAUUUAAAACAAAAUGAUUUUAUGUAUAGGGUAGACUAUUUCUACCAAAUCGCAAUUUUUGCGCCCUUUAAAUUUUUCAAAUUUCCCCAGUUAUCUUCCACAACAUGACGGGAUUUCUCUCGUUUUUUCAGAAUGGAAUAAUCCUGAACGAUGAGCUGAAUAAAUCGAACCAGACAGCCGUGGACACCUCGGACGAUCGCCUCGAACUGAACUUCCCUUUUAUGUCCAUUCUGGGCAAGCAAUUGGACUUAUCGCCCAACUUUUUCGGCGUCGAAAAAUUCGAAAAUUUGGUGGAUCAAAUGACCGCGGGAUCGCCUACAAAUAUCAAGAACUUGAAGCUGAUUUUGGUGCAGUUGAGAGCCGAUAAGCCGAGUAAUGCGAGCAAAAAUGAUGUAGUCGAAUACGAGCGGCAAAUCACCGAUUUUGUCAACAAGUAAGUCUUACAAUACUUUUAGGUAAAAUUUCUUUCAAAAAUUUUUUUUUUUUUUGAUUUUGCCGCUUUUCCAAAAUUCUAGAAGCAAAAAUCGCCUGCGGGGAUCCCAUAAAUCAGAGAUUGUUUAUUUUUUGCAAACAUUUCCGCAGGCGUUUCCCUGCAAUCGCCGACUUUCCGUCGACAAGUCAUCGAUCAAACCCAUUUCCGGAGGCAAAAAGUUCAUUUUAGGAACUUUUGAAAAAAUUGGGAUUUUAGGCGAAAAAAAUUUGAAAAAGUUUUAAAAAAACAUUUUUUCAAAUGCAGUGCUACUUUUUAAAAAUGUUUCGUAUCUUUUUAAUUCCUUUAGAAUCUCUAGAAAAUAAAAAUGAAAAUUUUGUCAAGGAUGAAGCCGUAAUGUUUGAGAAUUCAGCGAUUCCUUCAUCAUUACUCGCUGAAUUACUCCCCCAAUUCUCAAGUUGUAAAGUCUUGUAAUUGACCUUAAAUGGAAGCGGAAGGAACCUUGAGAAAUGGGCGUCGCAAAAGCAGACCUCAAGGUACAUUUUUGUAACCGGAAGUCGGCAUUUGUGUCAAAUUGAAAAUAAUUAUUAAAAAAUUAAAAAAAGCUUAAAAAAUAAAAAUUGAAAAAAUAAGAUUUUUGAAAAUACAGUAUGCCGUGCAACUUUUAUCACAAAAUGGUAGGCCCAUUUGUACAAGAAAUAUCAAAUUCGAAGUUUCCUUGGCCACAUUUCCAAGACAAAUUUUUUUAACAUCUAGGCCCAAAAAAAUUUUUUUAUGAAACCCUCGUAUUUUAGACAGUACAAUGGUCGUUCCAUCCGUCCUCUCGCCCUGACCGUCACCUUGGCCAGAGAUGAGAUAAUCCGUACGGGAAUGACCCUUUUCCCCUACUUGUCUGUCGGUUUUGCCAUCAUGGUCACCUUUUCCAUCAUCUCUGUCUUCUUCAGUGCAUUUUAUUAUAACCAAUGGACAAAACACAAGUUAUCGUUGGCAAUCAUGGGGUGCAUUUGUCCAUUGUUGGCUACGUCCAGUGCUCUGGGAUUUUUGUUUUGGUUCAGAGUUAGGUUCGGAACAAUUUUGGCCGUAACUCCAUUUUUGGUCAUGGCUAUCGGUAAGCAAAAAUUUUUGAAUCAUCCAAAAGUGCUUUAAAAUACUCAAUGUUUCAUGUGCAUUAUUUUUUCAGCCUAAAAACGUAAAAAAAAAUUGAAUUUUUGAUUUCGCGCCAUUUUUGGCAUUCCGUUUUAUGGUGAUUUUAGGAUUUGUAUUGCUGAAAAUAGACAAAAUAAUAUUUUAAAACGUGUUUUUGAAUCCUUUUAAUUUAUGACAUUUAUUUUUUUACCGAUUUUUUAUAUUAACCAUGUCCAAAAUUGUAUGAUUUUAGGUGUCGACGACGCCUAUUUGAUGAUCCAUUCCUGGCAACGGAUCUGUUCGAAACAAUCUAAAAAGAGGUCGUUGGCCCCUCGCAAUGUCCUCUUGGGUGAUUCGUUGAGAGAUCGCAUUGCCGAAGUUAUGGUCGAUGUUGGCCCCGCGAUUACUAUCACUUCCCUGACCAAUAUCCUCGCUUUCGGAGUUGGAACGUUUGCUCCGACCCCCGAAAUUCGUCUGUUUUGUGCUGGAAAUACUAUGGCCAUCUUUUUUGACUACAUUUAUCAGCUGUUUAUGUAUGGUCCGGUCAUCGCGUUGGUGGGGAAAUUUGAAAUGAGCGAUGAGGAGGCGAUGGAUCAGAGGAAAACGAGAGAUCACAACAGACUGAGGCGUUGGCUGAGGGAAAAGGUACUUAAUUUUGAGACUUUUUAUUCGUAUUUUAUUAGGAUUUUAUUCAAUAAUUUUUUGGAUAAUUUUUUUAAUGUCAAAAAAAAUUUUGGAUAAUUUUUUAAUGUCAAAAAUAAUGUCAUUUGUAUCCAAAAAAUCUAAAAAUCUCAUUUUUAGCUCCUCACCUUUAUGUCGAGUUACUGUGCCUGGAUCUCGAAUAGUUUUACCUCGGUCUUAGUACUCCUUAUUUUGAUUGUUUACUGGUUGACAAGUCUGAAUGGAACCCUCUCGAUUACUCCUCGGAUUACCCCCAAAAAAUUGUUUUUGGCUGAUUCUGUUAUCAAUGAUGUGAGUUACAAAUAACUUUUUAUGUUAUAAGCAGCCGAUCAGAAUUGAAUCCAAAAAACAUUCAAAUAUGCAAAUUAUUUUAGAUGAACAUGUUGAGAGACGAAUAUAUUCAACAGAGUUACUCCCCGAUGACUUUGUUUAUCAAUAAUGCGACAAAUCUGGAGGAUCCGAUUAGAAAUGCGCGAAUCCGGGAGAUGAUUCGACGAUUUGAAGGGGAAAAACAUAGUUUGGGCGCGGAAUUCUCGCAUUUUUGGCUCAGAGAUUAUGAUAGAUUUAUGGUGGGUCCAAUAAUCCAUUUGCACCUUAGAUUUUUUGUCAAUUUUUUUGUAAUUUACUCGAUGUUUUAGGAGACGGCUGCCGAAGAAACGGAAGAAGAAGAGCAAGAAGUUUCGGAUCACAGUCUCAGAUACGAUAGGCAUCAUCUGGAUGCCUUCCUGAACUGGCCUGAAUAUCACCAUUGGGGCGGAUUUCUCAGAUUUGACAAUGAAACUGGGUAAGGAACGCACUGUGCGGAAAAAAACUACGAAUGCACCGUGAAAUCACCCACUCAUUGCACUGUGCGAAAUUUUUCCGAGUAGACUUCAAACGGCUGCCUUUAUUUGUGGCCGUUUCGAGGAGAGAAAAAAGAGAGCCGAGGAUUUCGAAUGCACAGUGCAGAAGGGAAUGUUGUUGUUUGCACCGUGCGACGGAGCUAUAAUUUGUGGAUGCACUGUGCACUUUGAAGAAUCAACUUUUUUUGCACAGUGCAAAUUGUAAACAAGGAAACUCGCACUGUGCAUUUGCCUUCUAAAACAUUAUAAAUUUCAGUGAUUUGUCCAAAUUUAUGGUGAUAAUGGGGUUCCAUGGCAAAGAAUUGGUGGCGUGGGAGUACCGUGCCGUUCUUCUGAAUCAAUGGCGCUCCAUUGUCGACGAAUUUCCCGAGUUUUCCGCCUCGGUUUGGGUGGAUGACGCUCCCUUCUUGGACCAGAUCCAGACCCUAGUCCCCGUGACUAUCCAAUCCUCAAUCUGCACGCUGAUUUGCAUGAUCGUUGUGUGUCUGUUGUUCAUGCACCAUCUUUUCUCGCUCUCCGUCGCCACUCUGUCGAUCGUUUCCAUCUGUUUGGGGGUGUUUGGGUCCAUGUUUUAUUGGGGCUUGGACUUGGAUCCCAUCUCGAUGGCCACCACGAUCAUGUCGAUUGGUUUCUCGGUCGACUUCCCCGCCCACAUCACCUACCAUUACUACCGGAUGGGCGAAGAUCAUCGCUGUCUGUCGCCGCAGCAGAGGAUUUUCCAUUCAUUGGUCUCGAUCGGGUACCCGCUGAUCCAGUGUGGCCUCAGCACCAUCUUCUUCGUGAUGUGUUUGCGGUUUGUGGACACUUAUAUGAGCGAGGUUUUCGUGAAAACGAUGGUUUUGGUGGUCUCCCUGGGUGUAAUUCAUGGGUUAUUCAUCAUCCCCACCAUGCUCUGCGCUUGCUCCAAUGUCUAUGAUGCUUGUCGGAGCAUUGUAAGUUGAUUUAAGCACCAUUUGAUCGUGCUUUUAUUGUAGAAAAGACCCAGGAAACAUCGAAAAACGACGGAAUUUAGUCGCCAAAAUCGUCCCAAAAUCAUCCCAAUUGGCUCUUUCAUGACCAAGAAUUGA